AUGGCUAAUUUACCAGACGGAAUACUCUUGGGUAUGGGAAAUCCUCUUCUUGAUAUUCAAGCUGUUGUUACUAAGGAAUUCCUUGAAAAAUGGAAUUUGAAAGAAAAUGAUGCCAUUCUUUGCGACGACAAGCAUGUUGAGAUGUUUGAGGAAUUGGCAAGAGAUUUCAAAGUUGAGUACAUCCCAGGAGGAGCUACCCAAAACUCUAUUAGAAUUUGCCAGUGGAUUCUCAAUGCUCCCAACAAAACUACGUUCUUCGGUGCUAUCGGACAAGAUAAUUAUGGUGAUCAACUGAAGUCCAAAGCUGUUGAAGCAGGAGUCAAUGUUCAAUAUCAGAUUAACCCUACUGUCAAAACUGGAACUUGUGCUGCUUUGAUUACUGGAACCAACAGAUCUCUCUGUGCUCAUUUGGCUGCUGCCAAUACAUUCACAAUUGACCACUUGAAUAUUGACGAUCACCAUCAACUUAUUGAAAAAGCACAAUAUUAUUAUAUUGCUGGUUUCUUCCUGACCGUGUGUCCACCAGCUAUCAUGCAGGUUGCUAAGCACUCUCAUGAACAUAACAAGGUGUUUAUGUUCAAUCUAGCAGCACCCUUCAUUUCCCAGUUUUUCACCGAACCCUUACUUGCUGCGCUACCAUAUGUUGAUAUUAUCUUUGGUAAUGAAGCUGAAGCUGAGGCUUUUGCUAAGGCUGCUGGCUUUGAUACAACAGACUUGAAAGAAAUCGCUCUCAAGAUUGCUGCUAUGGAAAAGGUUUCGUCCAAGAAAAGAACUGUUAUCAUUACUCAAGGUUCGGAUCCAACUAUUGUUGCUGUAGGAGAUCAGCUUCUUGAGUUCCCAGUUGAGCUUCUCUCACCUGAGAAGAUUGUGGAUACUAAUGGUGCUGGAGACGCAUUUGUUGGGGGUUUCCUUUCCCAAUAUGUACAAGGAAAAGGUAUCGAGCCUUCAAUCGCUGCCGGUCAUUAUGCUGCUUCUGAAGUUAUCCAGAAACAAGGAUGCAGCGUUCCCGAAACCUGCAAGUAUCAUUAA